GAGGCUGUACUUCUUGUGGAAUGUGAGUUUAGUAUAUCUAGAGAACGGAAUUAUAUAUGUUUAAUUUUCCAACAUUAUUGAUUAAUUUGGUGGAUUUAGUUUCAUACUUCUGGUAAAAUGGCAUUGCUAAGUUUCAGCCCGAUUAUACGAAAAUUUAACGAUCCGAAACUACUUGUUAGAUCGUUUUGUUCAUCUCAAAUCUUACAAGGGUCAGCGUUUCGGGGAAAAUGGAUAAAAUCAAAGUUACCCGAAAAUCCGAACGUGAUAUCGUCCGUAGUGGAAUUUCAGGCUUCUAAAAAUUUGACGAUACCGGAAUUUUUGCGGUUAAAUUUGGAAAAAUAUGAGAAUCAUCCAGCACUGGAGUGUGGAAUCACUGGUAGAAUCUACACGCAUGGCGAAGUUUACAAGAAAGGUGAAAGUUUUGCAACGGCGUUAAUCCAUCACGGACUAAAACGGGGGGAUUCUGUGUGCAUAUUGUUGCCAAACAUACCGGAAUAUGCUAUUGUCGCGUUGGGAAUUUGGGACGCUGGGUUCAUCGCUUCCCCCAUAAAUCCGGCAUACACGCCGGCUGAGGUUGCCCGACAAGUCGAGAACUGUGGGGGUAAAUCCAUAAUCACACUUUCCGAACUACUCCCAAUCGUGGAAAAAGUUAAGGAAUUGGCUCCCACGUUGAAGAGCGUGAUUGUAAUCGGAGACCCGAAAGGACAUCAUAAUUUCUUCGAUAUGCUAAAUACGGAGCCAGACAGGGAUAAGUUAUUGAAGGGAAGUGACAUCGAUACGGAAACCCAGACGGCCUUACUCCCUUACUCGAGCGGAACUACGGGUCCCCCAAAAGGUGUGGAGCUAACACAUAGCACAUUUAGCACAAAUUUGCUCCAAGCCUUAACUCCUGGCUACAGGCAAACCUUCUACAACGAAGGUACCGAUGGGGAAAGAUUUAUCGCAGUUUUGCCUUUCUUCCACAUGUACGGCUUGCAAUUCGUACUCGCCAGCGCCUUACAUCACGGCGCUCAUUGCGUCUGUCUGCCUAAAUUUGAUCCAGCAACUUUCACCCAAACCAUUAGACGCCACAAGCCAACCUUACUACAUUUGGUGACGCCAUUAAUGCAGUUCCUCCUGCAUAACCCAGACGUUACGAAGAAAGACUUGGAAACGGUUAAAGGAUCCGUGGCUGGAGGAGCACCGACGGGCAAAACUCUGAUCAGUCGAUAUCUGGAAAAGUUUGAUCACGGAAUGAUCUAUCAAGAAGCUUAUGGAAUGACCGAAAUUUCUUCCGGAAGCCACAUGACACCACCGGAAGUAAGUGUUACCAAGGCUGGAUCAGGUGGAACUUUACUUCCAGGAACAACCGCCAAAAUAGUGGACAUUGCUACAGGGAAAGUUGUCGGACCGAAUGAAACUGGAGAAAUUUGCGUUCGUGGACCGCAGAUCAUGAAAGGCUACUAUAAGAACGAAAAGGCUACGAAGGAAACCAGGGACGAUGACGGUUUCUUAAAAACAGGGGAUAUCGGAUAUCACGACGAUGAAGGGUUUUUGUACAUCGUGGACAGGCUGAAAGAGCUAAUCAAAGUGAAAGGGCUUCAGGUUGCCCCUGCCGAGCUGGAAGACAUUUUAAGACAACACCCUGAAAUAGCGGAUGUCGCCGUUGUUGGCAUUCCGCACGAGAAAUUGGGCGAAGCACCGCGUGCUUACGUUGUCCCAAAGACGAAAAGUUUGACAGAAAAGUCCGUUAGUGAUUUCAUGGAGUCAAAGGUGUCUUCCCAUAAAAAGCUUGUCGGUGGCGUAGAAUUAGUCUCCGCAAUUCCUAAAGCACCCUCUGGAAAAAUACUUCGAAGAGUUUUGAAGGAUGAGUACACAUCAAGGCAGAAAUAGUUUUAGUUUAUCAUGGUACAUAAGUAUGCAAGAAAAAUUAAAAUUCUUUAUGUAAAUUAUGCAAAUAAAAUCAUUAAAAAACAAAAAAUAAUGAAAAUCAAGAAGUAGUCACUA